CAUAGCUCUAUAGAGCAGGUGUCUGUGCGUUAGAGCCGACGAACCCCGAACCCCGAACACGUUCGAUGCGAAAAGAAAGCUGCUGUUUGCCGUUGUGUUGUUGUGUUGUUGGUUCGAUCAGCUGGGGAGUCGUGGAGUCGCCGUGGAAUCGCCCAUAACUCGGCCUGGUGGCUCCAAGUCCGCGCAGUCGAGUUCCGCGUCCCCGAGCGUUGAGUUCAGUCUUCAGUCUUAUAAAGAGCAGCGCAGCAUCGGACUUCCUGGCAAAGCGUGAAAAUCAACCGAAAAGCAUCAACCAUCAUCACGCGCGCCAAGCCAAGUUCAAAUCUUACUACUUUUUUUUUUACACCCACGGAGUGCUUUAGUUUUUUUUGUGUUCCAAGUGAAAUACGGAAGUGUGUUGGAUCAGCAGCUGAAAUAGCCCACACCAGGAUACCAGGAUAACGAACCCAUAGUUUCCCGACAAGAUGACCAGUUCGCGGAACAUGCUGCUGAUGCUGCUCCUGGUGGCCAGUGCCUCCCUCCUCCAGCUGGAGGCCAAGACCGUCUUCCGGCGCACGGACAAGAUAUCGGAGAACUUCAAGCAGCUGGAUCUGCCGCCCGAGGAGAUCGAUCCGAAUGUGGCGCCCCCAGAAUCGGAGCCGCCCAAGGUCGAGGAUGUGGCGGAUGAGGUGUCUGCUGCAGUGGCUGAUGCCGUGACGCCGGCCUCGCUGAUCGACGAGAGUGCCAAUGAGAUUGCCAGCGGCGAUGUGGAGACCCCGAAUGCGGUGGCCCCAGUUCCCGAGGCAGCUGCUGCUGCCGCCUCAGAAGCCGCCGCUCCCGCCGAGGCAGCUGCUCCGGCAGUGGCCACCACUCUGGCCGCCAAGCCCACCAAGGCCCCGACCACCGCCAAGCCGGAGAAUCCGAUCAGCAAGUUCUGCAAGUGCUCGGAGACCCACUGCGAUUGCUGCCGCAAGUUCGGCCUGCCCCUGCUGCCCAGCGGACCUGGUUGCGCCAAGAUUGCCUACCUGGGCAACGACGAGAUGAGCGUGUCCCUGAAGUACGGCGACAUCACCCUGGCCUCCCGGCGCAUCUCCAGCAAGCGGGCCCGCCCCAUCUGCGUCGGCCUCCCCGGCGGCUACUCGCAGUUCUGCGGCAAGGUCUACGGCCUGUCCCGCGCCAAGGACUCCAAGGACUUCAAGGCCUGCCUGGCCUUCGAGCUGCGCGCCGACGACGAGGUGGAGGCCUCCCUGCGCGUCUCCUGCUUCAAGUUCGGACCCGAGGGUCUCCGGGUGGCCGAGGCGGAGCCGCUGCCCGCGAAGCCCAGCUCGGAUGACGAUGACGACGACGAUGACGACCUCUUUGGAUUUGCCGCUGGUGGCGACGAUGACGAGGAUGAGGAGGACGAUUAUGACAGCGACAACGAUGCGGAUACGGAUGACGACGACGACACCGAGGACUAUGCUGAUGACGACGAGGCCGAGGCGCCCGAGGAGGCCGACUACGGUGGCUUCAGCUUGGCCGGACUGCUGGACGAGCUCGAUGACGACGAGGACGAGAAGCCGGUGAAGAAGCCGGCGGCGGUGGAUCAGACCCGUGAGCAUGUGAGUGUCGAUGGCCAGACGACCUCGACCUCGACCUCGACCACGACGAACACCGAGGGACAGGUGCAGAGCAAGGACGAUUCAGAGGCUCCUGCCGCCGGCGAGGCAGCCGCUGCCGUCGCUGCAGUGGCUCCGGUCGAAGGAGAGGUGGUGACUCCGUCACCCGCAUCCGCCGCCGAUGACUCCACCACGCCCAAGUCCAAGAAGUCCAAGAAGGCGAAAAAGAACAAGAAGAAGAAGGCCGCCGCCGAGGCGACGGACGAGACAGGAUUCGCCUACGAGCUGCUCAACGGCAUCCUGGAUUUUUUCAACUGAGCGGCCAGCGCGAGUUUGCCAACAUGCUGGGCAACAGUGUAAAUACCUUGUACCGCCGCAGCUGGUCGGAGGAAUAUAGAUAUAGUUUGUAGUUCGUUUAGCGCCUAAGGGUCCCCGCCCCCUUUCAGAUUUCACUUAUUUAUUUCAUCUAUUUAUUCGAAGCAAUAAUUUAUUUAAAAUUUAAAAACGAAUAAAAGUCGAAAAUUUACUACCAAACUCGGUGCAACUCGGUUUGUUU